UCAGGCCCGAGGUGCGGCGCUCACCCUGGCAGUCCCCAGCCGGUGACGCUGCGUUGAGCCAAGCUCACAGGAGGCGAGGGGCACUCGCACUGCCGCCCCCGCCUCGCGCACCCUGCGCCCCACUUCCAGGGCAGCCACUUGGAAACAGCCCCCCCCCGCCUCUCCCAGAGCUGUCCCAGGCUAGCUGGGAAGAGAGCGGCCGACAAGUUUGGGCGCGCGCAGGCGGCGGGCCGCUGGCACCGUGCGCCCCGGGAGGGGCGGCCGCCGCUCCGGGCUCGGCGUCCCGGGUGCACUUUGGCUAUGGAUUCUCCCGUGCGAAGGCGGCUGCACCUUCGCUCCGGCCGCCUCCUGCUUCUCGUCUCCGGACUCCUUCUGCCUCUCUGCGGCGCCUUCAACCUAGAUGUGGACAGUCCCGCCGAGUACUCUGGCCCGGAGGGAAGUUACUUCGGCUUCGCGGUAGAUUUCUUCGUGCCCAGCGCGUCUUCUAGGAUGUUUCUUCUGGUGGGAGCUCCCAAAGCAAACACUACCCAGCCUGGGAUUGUAGAAGGAGGGCAAGUGCUCAAAUGUGACUGGUCUUCUAGCCGCCGGUGCCAACCAAUUGAAUUUGAUGCAACAGGCAACAGAGAUUAUGCCAAGGAUGAUCCAUAAGAGUUUAAAUCCCGCCAGUGGUUUGGAGCAUCUGUGAGGUCAAAACAGGAUAAAAUUUUGGCCUGUGCUCCCUUGUACCACUGGAGGACUGAGCUGAAACAGGAGAGAGAGCCUGUUGGAACUUGCUUUCUUCAAGAUGGAACAAAGACUGUUGAGUAUGCUCCAUGCAGGUCAAAAAAUAUUGAUGCUGAUGGACAGGGAUUUUUUCAAGGAGGAUUCAGCAUUGAUUUUACUAAAGCUGACAGAGUACUUCUUGGUGGUCCCGGUAGUUUUUAUUGGCAAGGUCAGCUUAUCUCGGAUCAAGUGGCAGAAAUUGUAUCUAAGUAUGACCCCAACGUUUAUAGCAUCAAGUAUAAUAAUCAGUUAGCCACUCAGACUCCACAAGCAAUUUUUGAUGACAGUUAUUUGGGUUACUCAGUGGCUGUCGGAGAUUUCAACGGUGAUGGCAUAGAUGACUUUGUUUCGGGAGUUCCAAGAGCAGCAAGAACUCUGGGCAUGGUUUAUAUUUAUGAUGGGAAAAACAUGUCYUCCUUGCACAAUUUUACUGGUGAGCAGAUGGCUGCAUAUUUCGGAUUUUCUGUCGCUGCCACUGACAUUAAUGGGGAUGAUUAUGCAGAUGUGUUUAUUGGAGCGCCACUUUUCAUGGAUCGAGGCUCUGAUGGCAAACUCCAAAUGGUUGGGUAGGUCUCUGUGUCUCUUCAGAAAGCUUCAGGAGAAUUCCAUACUACAAAGCUGAAUGGGUUUGAGGUCUUUGCACGGUUUGGCAGUGCCAUAGCUCCUUUGGGAGAUCUGGACCAGGACGGCUUCAAUGAUAUUGCAAUUGCUGCUCCCUAUGGGGGUGAAGAUAAAAAAGGAAUUGUUUAUAUUUUCAAUGGAAGAUCAACGGGCUUGAACACAGUGCCAUCUCAGAUCCUCGAAGGGCAGUGGGCUGCACAGAGSAUGCCACCAAGCUUUGGCUAUUCCAUGAAGGGAGCCACAGACAUAGACAAGAAUGGAUAUCCAGACUUAAUUGUAGGAGCUUUUGGUGUAGAUCGAGCUGUGUUAUACAGGGCCAGACCUGUUAUCACCGUAAAUGCUGGUCUUGAAGUAUAUCCUAGCAUUUUAAAUCAAGACAAUAAAACCUGCCCAUUGCCUGGGACAGCUCUCAAAGUUUCCUGUUUUAAUGUCAGGUUCUGUUUAAAGGCAGAUGGCAAAGGAGCACUUCCAAGGAAACUUAACUUCCAGGUGGAGCUUCUUUUGGAUAAACUCAAGCAAAAGGGAGCAAUUCGGCGAGCACUGUUUCUCCAUAACAGGUCCCCGGGUCACUCCAAGAACAUGACAAUUUCUAGAGGGUGCAGAUGCAGUGUGAAAGAGCUGAUAGCAUAUCUGCGGGAUGAAUCUGAAUUUAGAGACAAACUUACUCCAAUUACUAUUUUUAUGGAGUAUCGGUUGGAUUAUAGAACGGCCGCUGAUGCCACAGGCUUGCGACCCAUCCUGAACCAGUUCACCCCUGCUAACCUCAGUCGACAGGCUCAUAUUCUACUUGACUGUGGUGAAGACAAUGUCUGUAAACCAAAACUAGAAGUUUCUGUAAAUAGUGAUCAAAAGAAGAUCUACAUUGGAGACGACAACCCUCUCACAUUGAUUGUUAAGGCUCAGAAUCAAGGAGAAGGUGCCUAUGAAGCUGAGCUCAUCAUUUCCAUGCCACCUCAGGCUGAUUUCAUUGGGGUUGUCCGAAAUAGUGAGGACUUAGCAAGACUUUCCUGUGCAUUUAAGACAGAAAACCAAACCCGCCAAGUGGUAUGUGACCUGGGGAACCCAAUGAAGGCUGGAACUCAACUCUUAGCUGGUCUUCGAUUCAGUGUACACCAGCAAUCAGAGAUGGAUACUUCUGUAAAAUUUGAUUUACAAAUCCAAAGCUCUAAUCUUUUUGACAAAGUAAGCCCAGUUGUAUCUUACAGAGUUGACCUUGCUGUUAUAGCUGCUGUUGAGAUAAGAGGAGUCUCAAGUCCUGAUCAUAUCUUUCUUCCGAUUCCAAAUUGGGAGCACAAGGAGAACCCUGAGACUGAAGAAGAUGUUGGGCCAGUUGUUCAGCACAUUUACGAGCUGAGAAACAAUGGUCCCAGUUCAUUCAGCAAAGCCAUGCUAAAUCUUCAGUGGCCUUAUAAAUAUAACAACAACACUUUGUUGUACAUCCUUCAUUAUGACAUCGAUGGGCCAAUGAACUGUACUUCAGAUAUGGAGAUCAACCCUUUGAGAAUCAAGAUCUCAUCUUUGCAAACAGCUGAGAAGAAUGACACAAUUGCUGGGCAAGGUGACCGGAACCAUCUCAUCACAAAGCGAGAUCUCGCCCUUAGUGAAGGAGAUGUUCACACUUUGGGUUGUGGAAUUGCUCAGUGCUUGAGGAUUGUCUGCCAGGUUGGACGACUAGACAGAGGCAAGAGUGCAAUCCUGUACGUAAAGUCUUUACUGUGGACUGAGACCUUUAUGAAUAAAGAAAACCAGAAUCAUUCGUAUUCUCUGAAGUCAUCUGCUUCAUUUAAUGUCAUAGAGUUUCCUUACAAAAACCUUCCAAUUGAGGAUAUCUUCAACUCCACAUUAGUUACCACUAAUGUCACCUGGGGCAUCCAGCCAGCCCCCAUGCCUGUGCCUGUGUGGGUGAUCAUUUUAGCAGUUCUGGCAGGAUUGCUGUUGCUGGCUGUCUUAGUUUUCGUAAUGUACAGGAUGGGCUUUUUUAAACGUGUUCGGCCACCUCAAGAAGAACAGGAAAGGGAACAGCUUCAACCUCAUGAAAAUGGUGAAGGAAACUCAGAAACUUAACUGUGAUUUUUAAAUACUGCAUCCUAGAUCACUAGAAUUACCAGCUUGAUUGUAGAGUUCAAUUUCCUUCAUGAGGAAUAAAAUUAUAAGACUUCUGCUGAAGGUACUCAGUGACUUCCGUCUAACCACAAAAUUGAGAGCAAUAUUUGUUGCCCUUCUCUUUAUAAAUAAGUUCAGACAGGUUCAUACACAUACAUUGCCCUAGAUAUUUAAAUAAUAAAAUUUCACAUGAUGGUUUUUAUUCAAUGUACAUAAGACAGGUAGUGCCUCACUUACUACUUUAUAUAAAAUAGUAUCUAUUACAAUUUUCAUUUCUGAUUUAGUAUUUUGGGUUUUGCUGUUUAUUGUCCUUGUUUUAAAGCAAUCUAAAUUUGGACCUUAGCAUUCACAUUUUUUUUUUUUGUACAGGUACUUAAUACAUAUUACACUACAGUUGACUUGUAAAGCUACUAAAAGCUUUGUAAUUACCUGAACUUGGAUUUUAAUAUCUGUUACAUAGUAGAACUUUUUAAAAAAUUUAUGAUACCACCAGAAUUAUUUCCUGGAAACUGGGUGUUUAGGUUUAGCUCAGUGGUUGCGCAUGUGCUUAGCAUGUAUGACCUUGAGUUCAAUCCCCAGCCCUGGGGAGAAGUUUUUUCUGUAAUAAUAACGGUACAAUGUUUUAAUAUGAAAAUUGGGUACAUGUGAUUAAUUUUUAUUUAUAUUUAAUCCGUAAUCUGUUUUAUUACUUUAAUUUGUAUAGUUUAAGUCCUACAAGAAAUCCUUUAAGCCAACCUAUAUAAAAAUGUAGUCUGUAUUCAAAAAUACCUUUUUGUGUAUGUAAUAGUGUAAUUUCAGCUCAAUAUCCUGAUGGUUAAAGCCAUACGAAGUUGGAAAUCAUUUCCAAAGCACAUCUAUCCCAUUGUUUUCAUCUGGCUAUUUACAAUACACUUAAAGAAAGCAUUUUAAUUGAAAGACUAUUUCUUUAUUAAUAGUAUGUUCUUAGAUUAGAGUGGAGUCUUUAGUUAUUAAUUUAUUUUCCUCCUAUAUAUGUAUUUUUCCUUGUAUUUCUAAAAUUGUUGCAAUAACGGGUCAAGAUCAUUUUCAUUACAGACAGGAACCUGAAUCCCCAUUCCCACCCCAUGAGAAAUGCAUGAGAUCAAAACUCUUCAGGUAGCUCCAUGGUUUACUUCUAGCAGUAGCAUGACGCUACUCCCAUGGGUGGUUCCUCAGUUUAAUCAAGGUAAUGUGCAAAACCAGUCUCAGUUAUCAGAAUAACUACAAAAAGGUAUUUUUAUAAGCUGUUCAACUUAUUGAAAACCUUUUAAAGCUUUCUAAAGUUUUUUCUUUUUUAACAGAAAUUACUUUUUUAAUAAAAGCAGCAUAGGCAGCAAGUUGUAGUUUUAUAUGCCUGCAGGGUGGUGAAUCUUCUGGUGGAAUGUAUGAUUUAUUCACAGUUCCUCAAGGCCUAGGGAUGACUUUUAAUUAUCCCUAUUUUGUGCAAUUACAUCAUGUUAUACUCAAGAAAUUAAGACUUUAGUAGCUUUUUAACUGCUGUCCUCAUUAGGCAAUGAUAAAUGUUUCCCUUAAAUAAUUGACUAUUUUUUUCUGUAUUUUAAAAAUAAUUGCAAUUUAUCUUGCCAUAUUGUGUUAUAUAAGCACAAGUGGAUGACCUGAACUGGAGAAUAUAUUCACAAAGUAGAACCACAUUUAGAUGCAAGUUAGAACAUGGACAAAACCUUAUAUUUAGCUUUAGUGAGUUUUAAAAUUAAUGGGUUUGGGGUAGAAUUUAUUAGUAGCUUGAAAGAUCUCAAUCAUAUGCAAUAAGUAUUUUUAUUGCCAAUAAAUUUAAAAUUCUUUUAAGAAAAAAAUAUUUUUAUCCUAGGGCCAAGUGUUGCCUACCACCAAGCAGUCACUAAGUUGGUCUAUAGCAACUUUUCCCU